UGAAUUACCAUCAAGGGUUGUCAAGUUGUAUUUACCCAGAUGUUCUAUCCUUUGACUAACUGAUCUUGUUUGAGAAGUAUAGGCUACCUCUGAGACAUAUGAAAAAGUGAGGAACUGGUUUUGAAAGAUCCACUUUGUUUGUGCACUGACAAGACAAACAGGUGAAAUUCAAGUGCAAUUUGAGAUGUUGGGAUAUAAUUGUUAAUGGAUGUGGUCUUGCUGGUAUCUCAUGACUUAAGGAUGUGGUCUCAAUAAGAGUUCUUUAGGCUUGUUUCUUCCCCCAGUAGAAUGGAAAAUAAUCGGUAGAAAUACGAUUUUAUUCAGCACUCCUAUGUUCAAAGGAUUUGAGAGAAGUUGAGUGAUAUUGAAAAGAAGGCAAAAUACCUCCUGUUGGUUACAAAAAUAGUUUGGGGCUCGCCUUUUUCUUCCUCUUAAUUGUACCCUUGGAUUACCAUUCUCACAGUCAACUAUUUUUGUUUUACAAGUGAAGACUUGACAUAUUCUAAACCAGGACAAUUUCUCAACAUCAACAUAGUCGGAGAUUCUUUGAAGACCUUGUUGGCCAUUGUUACUUUGUGAUAGACCCCUCAAAAUGACCAGUGUGGCAGAAUGGCUCGUGCAGAACAGGGGCAAGAUCGAGAAGGGGGUGGAGAUCAUGGGACAGGCCUCUGCAGUCCUGGCAGCCACUGUGGGCCAGCUCCAUCCCGUCCUUGAGGCCGUGUUCGUAGCCUCCUCUGAGAUCCUCAGCAACCCGGAAGGGCAGGACGCCCGCUACCUGACUGAGCAGUUCAGCAUGGUCAACCAGAAACUGGAAGGCAUCCAGGCUGAGAUCGACCAAAUCGCCCUGGAGCUGCAGAGGACCUCCUUGAAUAAGCAGAACUUUGACCGUGAGGCACAAAUGCUCAGCCAGUACGAAAAGUUCCAGGACUUUGUCAACGCCAAGCCCAAGUUCAAAGAGAAGAAGAUGGAGAAGUUCCUCAGCCAUUAUGAGAACACGGACGCAGACUUGAACCUGGACGCGCUCUAUAAUGCCGUUACCGGGGACAAUACCUCAGGUGACCCCAUGCUGGAGACAGUGGUUUCCACAGAACAAAGGAGUAGAAGGGCAGUAGAAGAUUUCUGCGCCAGGCUUAAGAAGCUCUUUGUGGUGGGCAUCAUUGCUGUCAUGGGUUACGCCAGCCUCAAGGAAGGCGUUGUGGGGGAUGAGAUGGUGAAGAAGUGGCAGGAGCGUAUGGAAGAUGUUGAGAACCGCAUGAAAGCAGCUGUGGACGAUUGCACUGAAAACUUUGCUGAUCAGGCCAAACUGGACAUGGAACACCAUCUUCAGGAGAAACCUGGCAGUGUUGACCUUGACUUCACCAAAUCCCUAUUAGACACCCUUAUUAAGAAAUAUGACUGGGUGAGCUGGUCUAUCAGGGUCUUCAAUGACAAGGAGCGCAUUUUCUUUUUCAACUGGCUAGCUGGAAAGAAGUACCAUGGAAGUAGAGGAGGAGCUAAUUACUUUGAUGUGUUGACCAAGAACAACAUCAAAGUGGUGAUAUCUUUCAGUGUUCAGCCUAAGCCUAUCAACAAGGGUCAGAUCCAGCAAGAGAUUGAGGGGCGGAAACUGAAGGGGAACAUGAUGGAUGUGGCUCAGGUCCUCAGCAGAAGUCUCCCCAACUGCUUGGUGCAUGCUGUCAGCCACUAUAAGGAAGUGAUGGAGUCCAACAACUUCCAAGAGGAUUGUUAUUACUAUGGAAAACACAAAAAAGCUUACCUAUGCGUUCAUCCUGAGUAGCCUUUUGUUACACAGUGCAACGGAAAAUAGAGUAGUUAUAAUGGGGAAAACUACAAAUACAAUUCAUGAAUGUUUAUAACUGAGUUUAGAGGUGUUUUUAUUGAUAUCUCAAACCUAGCUGAUGCUUUAGCUAGUGGCUGUGUGAAAUGUAAUCUCUUGUUACAGACUGCAACAUUUUUAUUUGUUUAUUGGCCUUGUAGAUUUUUGUAUAGUUUGUGAUAAUUUAAACCAGGGGUGUCAAACACAGGGCCCCGCAGUGGCCAUAUUUUUGGGGAGAAAAACUAUGGAUAGUGGACUGUCUUAUGCAAAAUGUCCCGGCAAAGAAAUAUAACCAAUUUUCAUUACAGCGCCUCGAUCUCUUUGAAGACUGAAUGCGGCCCCCUGGGCAAAAUGAGUUUGACACACCUGGGUUAAACUAUCAGGAUUUGUAUAUGUGUAUUAAUGGACAUAUAUGAGACAUUUUAUGCCAGACUGUGGCUAUCUACUCAACAACAAUGACAACAUAUGAGAACGUAGUACUUCCUCCUACCAAAUAGAAAAGUAAGAUACCUUAUUUUACCUGCAUUCCAGUAUUUCAUGAUGACCAUACUGUAAAUUAGCACACCAGCCAGCGUAAUAAUGUGUUAGGUAACCUUUCAGCAAACAAACAUUUCUCCUCAUCAAUGUACUGAGGACUUACUCAAGCUCCUUUGGAAAAUGCUGUUGAUAGAUGCAUCACACUGUCCAAAUCUAUAUCCUUACAACAUUACAUCUCUGUCUAUAUUCACACAUUUGAUAUCCUUCAUAGAGCUAUAAUUUCUCAUGUUUAUGGUCUUCUUUAUUCAUAAUAAACCACAAUAUAAAGGA